CGCACUAGGAAAACAGCUGGGUGAUGCUAAAGGCUAGUUAGCAUCGUUUGUUUUUGUCGUGUGUGUCAGCGCUUUGAGACGACGCUUGAGAAAAACCUUAUUGUCCACCCCAGAGUGACCGACUGAGAGUCUGUCAUCUCUCUGACAAUGAAGUUCCAAUACAAAGAAGAGCAUCCGUUUGAGAAGAGACGGUCUGAAGGCGAGAAAAUAAGAAAGAAAUAUCCGGACAGGGUACCAGUAAUUGUGGAGAAAGCCCCCAAAGCCAGAAUAGGAGAUCUGGACAAGAAAAAAUAUCUUGUUCCCUCGGACUUGACAGUGGGCCAGUUUUACUUCCUUAUCCGGAAAAGAAUCCACUUGCGAGCGGAAGAUGCCCUCUUCUUCUUUGUAAACAAUGUCAUUCCACCAACCUCAGCAACCAUGGGACUGUUGUACCAGGAGCAUCAUGAAGAGGACUUUUUCCUCUACAUUGCCUACAGUGAUGAGAGUGUGUAUGGGAACAGCCAAAGGGAAAUCUGAUCCCACCACCAUCCCCCUUUUGCCCCUCCCUGACCUACACUAUUCAUUUAAAUAUUAAAUUCAGCUCAGCAGCCUAAAGUUCCCAGAGGAAGUGGGUCAAAUGCACUUUCACCACCCAUACAUUAUUCUUCUAAACAUUCAAGUCUUUGUAGAGUCUGAAUUGUAUUUUUCUCCAUUUUUCUCUUGACUGGGUCAGGUGGUCUCAUGGCCAGUUCUUAUGUCAUAGAUGAUCGUACUUGAUAACACCAGAGACAUUAGUUAUUCGGUGGUUAAAAUGUCUUAAUUAUAGUUACGUUUCUGGCUUGGGAAAAAAAAGAGUUGGUUUAGGGUGAGUAAUUCCUUGUAAUCGCCAUUUUAAGGCAUUUUUAGAGUCUGACAGAAUACGAAUCCCUGUCUUGCAGCAGUUUGAUUCUGAAAAGAAGUGUUGAAAAAGAAAAGUGACCGAACAUGUUCUACCACUGAAAUAAUAACAUCAUAUAAUGAACAUCAUAUAAUGUUACCCUAGCUGAACUUUCAAUGGAGUGUAAUAGAAUUCAGACUAAAUGGUCAUCUUCUGCUAUCAGUGGUAAAUAUGUUGAUUGCUAUGAUAAUUAUUAUUGUUGAUUUUAGAUGGCUUACUUUCUAUAGGUAUUGUAAAGCUGAGUGCAAUUUUCUUUUGUAUGUUUUAUGUUUUUGUUUUUUUAAAGAAAAAAAAUAAUAUUCUGUAUACUGCUGCAUUACUGGCUCUUUCUUCACUCAUGAACAUACAAUAAAACAAUAUAA